CUCUCCGUCAAAAUUAAACCCUAGCUUGCAUGUUAGUUUUCAACUCACAGUGGACAGGAAGAAAGUAAGGACAGGGAACACACAAAAUGAGUUAUUCCCCAGAAGAGAGGUUUCUCGCCGAAAGAGUAAAGAGAUCAGUUGAUCAAGUACAGAAAGCAGUCGAACAGCAACUCUCAGGAGUCCAGGAUCAUGUCAACUUCAAUCUUCAGAAAGCCUACUUCAAGUGCGCUUAUGACUGCUUCGACAGGCAGAGAAAUCAACAGGAAAUAAGUAACUGUGUAGAAUACUGCAGUGUCCCAGUUGUUCAGGCCAAUAAUGCCAUUGAAGAGGAGAUGUCAAGGUUUCAGGAGCGGUUGCGGCGGUCUUUGAUGGUUUGUCAAGAUAGAUUAGAGGCAACCAAAUUCAUUAAUCAAAAGGAUGUUUCACACACCAAAGAAUUUGAAUCAUGUGUAGACCAGACAAUUAAGGAGCAGAUUCAAUUAUUACCUCAUGUUGUUGAUCGAUUAAAGUUGGUACUGUCCAAGAGCGGAAACCUAUAAUCUCACUUUGCUUGUAAUAAGGCUAUGUUUAAACAAACCUUAAUUCUUACGAGAAAUUUAUACAGAUGCCUUAAAAGGAGUUAAUCACCAUUUUUUGGAAGCAUGCAAAAUGUCAUCUAAAUUUACCCUGAUAUUCAACAUGUAUAAGUCCUCCAUUGCCAGCUGCUCAUGAAAAGCAAGAUAAUGCACAUGGAUUAAGUGUACUUUGUAUCGUAUUGCAAUAAUGCCAUUCACCAUACCUUACUGUCUUGCUUAGGGCAAGUGAUUUGAUCAUUUAUUCUUCAAUUGAACUAGACAUCGUUGGUUCUCUUGUCAUUUUGUUCUCAUUAAUUUUUUCAUUUAGUACAUAUUU